GCAGACGCUCCAGCAGCAGCUCCGCCUGGGUCUUCAUCAGAGAGUCCUCUUGGAGAUUUGGGUUCUCUCUAUAGCCGUUGAAGCGCAGCAUGUGCACCGCGGAGCGGCGGCGGGCAAGGCGGGCCAGGCUCUCUUGGAGCGGCUCCUCAUCGGCGUCCCGGACGCUCGGGCCCGGAAAGAGUUGCUGCACCAGGUGGUAACGAGCGGCAUCCCCGAGGGCCCGGUUCUCCAGCAGGCGCAGAGAGAGCAGGACAUCACAGUGACCGAGGGCCUGGAAGUUCGCUAUUCCCGGAACUGGACCCCGCCCAAAGCCGCCCUCUUGCCGCCACUGGUUGUGCAGCCGCCGCUCCACAGCCGUGCGAAUGGGGCCACGCCGACCAAAGCGCCGAUGGAUGUGGCGCAGGUAGCGCGCCCACUGCAGGGCCCGGCGCACGGUGGGGGGGUCCCAGGUGCUGACGUGGGUAGUGCUUGAGACCGCCAGAAGCUCGGAAAAGCGAUCCAGGUGCUGCAGAAGGGAUUCCAUGAGGUACGCGGCCCUACUUCCGCUUUCACCUUGGAGACGGCGACUCUCUGCAUACUGAUUGGGAUAUCCGUGAAAUGAUACGCCUCUCUGCAAUGCUAUUGGUCGAAGUGCAUGUCAAUCUCCCAGCGUCUUUAUCCGUGUUCCUUGACUCUGGGCAACUUGAAAGCCCUAAUACUUUUACUUUCGCCACACAAAGAUUCUUCUUAGUGGAGGGAGAGCAGAUGUAGGGCAUCCUACCGAGAAUUUCCGGAACCAUAUGCGAGAUGAUGCCAGUCAUGAACGUCUCCGCGCUUCCUUUCGCUUUGGAAAUAUCCUUAAGUAGAAAUUUUCUGAGCUUCGCCUAAAACUAGAAUCUGUGUUGAGGUUUUUCAAAAUUAAGUAACGCCAGAGACAUACUGUGACGUGAGGAAACGCUCUUAAAUGAAAUUUUAAGAUCUAUUUGAGAAACAUGUACUAAAAAGGUAUUACAAGUGGAUAAAUAAUGUGCACUGCUCUGAGCCCAAAGGUACGCAGUGGACCUGGCCUCUCUGAUAUGCAUCAGUAUAGCCAAUGGCUAGCCAGCAGACAUGAAGCUAAUUUGCUACCAAUGAAAGAAGAUCUGGCCUUGUGGUUAACCAAUCUAUUAGGGAAGGAGAUUACAGCAGAAACUUUUAUGGAGAAGUUGGACAAUGGUGCCUUGCUCUGUCAACUUGCAGAAACUGUGCAGGAGAAAUUCAAGGAGAGCAUGGAUGCUAACAAGCCCACAAAGAAUCUACCGUUGAAGAAGAUCCCAUGCAAAGCCAGUGCACCCUCGGGCUCCUUUUUUGCCCGAGACAAUACAGCAAAUUUCUUAUCCUGGUGCCGAGAUUUAGGGGUGGAUGAAACGUGUCUAUUUGAAUCGGAAGGUUUGGUCCUCCACAAGCAACCCAGAGAAGUGUGUCUCUGUCUGCUAGAGCUUGGCCGGAUUGCAGCCAGGUAUGGUGUGGAGCCUCCUGGUUUGAUAAAGCUGGAAAAAGAGAUUGAACAAGAAGAAACACUUUCUGCCCCUUCUCCUUCACCUUCUCCUUCAUCAAAGUCUUCUGGAAAAAAGAGUACAGGAAACUUACUGGAUGAUGCAGUGAAACGAAUUUCUGAAGAUCCUCCUUGCAAAUGCCCAAACAAGUUCUGUGUGGAGCGGCUCUCCCAAGGAAGAUACCGAGUGGGAGAAAAGAUCCUCUUCAUUAGGGGUCUUCAUGGUUGUGACUAUAUCUCCACAGCCAAAGCAAAGCAGACAUUUAAGAUGCUGCACAACAAACAUGUCAUGGUCCGUGUGGGAGGAGGCUGGGAAACUUUUGCAGGGUAUUUGUUGAAACACGACCCCUGCCGAAUGCUGCAGAUCUCCCGUGUGGAUGGCAAAACAUCCCCUAUCCAAAGCAAAUCUCCAACUCUAAAGGACAUGAAUCCAGAUAACUACUUGGUGGUCUCUGCCAAUUAUAAGGCUAAGAAGGAAAUUAAGUGAAACAAAUUGGUCACAAGGGGACCCUCAUAAUGGCCUGUAUCCACUUCUCCAGUAUAGUCAGUUUAGUUCACAUGUUCUGAAAACUGCUUUGGAGAAAGAUUUAACAGACAGAAAAAUGUCAUCAUAUUGAAAAAUGUUCAAAGAGUAGCACUAUUUAUUUUUAAUGCUUCUGUAGAAUAUGACCUAUUAAAAGAAAUUCUAAAUUCAGAUUUAAAUUAGCCAAAUUUUAGGCAAAUUAUUAUUUCUCAGUAUGCAAACACAGUAUUUAGAACACAAUAUUAGAAACAGAAUUCUAACUAAAGAUAAAUAAGGAGAAAACAUUUACGAUUUGCAGAUAAGUCAACAGAAAGUGCCUGCUUUACAUCCAUGAGUAAAGCACCCCAGACAUUUUUAUAAUUGCAAGAUUUUUAUGCUUUUUUUUUUUUUUUUUUUUUUUUUACAAAAUGAUGAUUAGUGUGAUAAUGUGCUACAAAAAAUACCCAACAGCACUACAAAUAAGUACAGAGUAUUCACAAUAGUAAUAUGUUACUGGGAAGGCCACUUCAGAAAAGUUUACAUUCACUUGAAAGGCUGCCUUAAAGUAUAUCUCUUAUCUAUGACCAAAUAUCUGGGGUACUUUUAGAAUUUUUCAGUACACCCCCUUAGAGAAUAGCUUAUGAGUUAUUUCACACAUUCCUGAGCACAUGGCUGUGUUUAGAAUGAUCUAGUGUAAUUCAUACAUGAGCUGACAUACGUUGAUAUUUUGACGAGUAAAUUGUACAGUCAAAUGUUCAUUGAUUUCAUGUUAUUUCAAAGCAUUUUCUUAUUAAAAAUAUAUCUUUAGUUAAUCCUAUUUUGCUAUGCUUUCUAGUAAAGUAAAUUCACUGUAGCUAAUGAUGUUACAGACUUACGUAUACCCUUGUAUACCUGGGACAGGGCUGUUUUAUACCAAUAAACAGCAAAAUAUUGUCCUUACUCAUUCAAGAAUUAAAAGGAUAAAUUUUAAAAAUGU